UGUGAAGCGUUUGAGUCAUAUUAACCCCAAGCAAGGUUACUCUUUGACCUCGACGUGUCAAAAUACUCGGCGCACAACAUUAACUAUUCCAAGGAAGUCUUCGUAUCAUGGAAUCGAGAGCCAUCAACUUUGGUGCAGGCCCAUCUGCUCUGCCCACUUCCGUGCUUCAGGAAGUCACCAAAGGCCUGCUAAAUUUCAACGGAACUGGCAUCGGUAUCGCUGAGAUUUCGCAUCGCUCCAAAGAAUUCACUACGUAUCUACAAGGCGUCGAACACAACAUCAGAAAGCUUCUCGACGUCCAGCCCACGCACUCCAUCUUGUUCACUCAGGGGGGUGGGUCCACGCAGUUCUCGGCUGUCGUGCUGAACAUGCUGGCGCGACACCGCCUCCUCCACCCUGAGUUGAAAGACGAAGACCGAGUACUGGAUUAUGUCGUCACAGGGUCAUGGAGCAAAAAAGCAGCCGAAGAGGCUAGGCGCAUGGGAGGGAGCGUCAACAUUGCAGCCGAUUCUCGCAAAUCUUCUAAAGAUAAGAAAGCCUUUGAUAACAUCCCAACUGCAGAUGCGUAUUCCUUCUCCAAGGACCCAGCUCUCAUUUACUACUGCGCAAAUGAGACUGUGGACGGCGUGGAGUUUUCGCCUGACGAAACUUCACCAGCCUCCUUUCCCUUCCACCUUCUCCCAAAAGAUGCACUUCUUCCUCUUGUCGGGGAUCAUUCCUCCUCCUUCAUGUCACGACCAAUUCCCCAUCUCUCAGAUCACGCCAUCAUAUAUGCUGGCGCGCAGAAAAACCUUGGCCCCGCCGGUCUCACCAUCCUAAUCGUCAGAAAUGAUUGUAUCGUCGACGUUGACGCCGCUGCCAGGCUCGGGGCGAUUCCAGUUCCGAUAUGCCUUUCGUACAAGACACUCGCGGAUCAUAACAGCCUGUACAACACUCCCCCAGUGCUCUCCAUAUACGUGACCGGUCUCGUUCUUGAGCACAUGGUCCAGCUGGGAGGGUUGGACUAUUAUGCGGGCCUCACAAACCGUAAAGCAAAGAAGAUUUAUGAUGCACUGAAGGAUGGUGAAACCAAAGGCGUCUUUAAAAGUAAAGUGAAGGAAGGCUCUGGCAGUCAGAUGAAUGUUGUCUUCGAUGUCCUUGGGGAAGGGAUGUUAGGCAAGUUCAUUGCUGGUGCAGAGGAGAGAGCCAUGAAGGGUCUUAAAGGUCACCGUUCCGUAGGAGGUGUCCGAGUGUCCAUAUAUAACGCCGUGACAGAACAAGAGACGGACCAACUCAUCGCAUAUAUGGAGCAAUUCGCAGAACGGCACGAGGCUCACAAAGAGUGAACGGAGCAUUAGUAGGACAAUCAUGGGUAAUUCGGAACGUGCAUGGUUCGGACUUCUAACGACUACGCAGCUAUCCAUCUGUAUUCCCAGCAACCAGAGAAUACGCCAGGCCUCAACUGCAUGGUGGUAAUUUGAUUUAGAACAUAUGCCUUGAUCUAGCACAGGCAGCAAGAUUUACUUGACAGUGAUAGGCGUAGCUGUCCUACUUCUGAGGUCCGAAAUACUGUAUUCUAGGCCCUUGACGCCACGAAGACGAGGUCGACGAGUCGCUCUGAGCUUGAGUACUAGGGACUGAUUGACCUUGUUGUGGCCUCAGAUAACAACCCUACAAGCUUCAAGCUUGUCAUUGUGGCGUGAAGAGAGGGG